GUAUGCGAUUAAAUUGGUGAUCGUUUGAUUGUGGAGGGUGAUUUCUUGCGGGCAGCGGAAUGUGCAAGUUCUCUAGUGGAGUGAAGGAGGGUUUCUCACCAGCUCAAUCCUGUGUUUUCCUCAUCAUCAGUCUUUUUGAAUCUGGUUGAUGGGGAGUGUUCCUCUGAACAAUGGUGGUGGUGGAACCAAAGGGUUGGCCGAACUAAAUAACCACGUGCAUGAAGAGCCCAAGGAAAUUAGGGGCGGAGUUGUGGGUGAGGGGCAGGGUCUCUCUGAAGAAGAUGAGUCAAGGGUUAACGAGGUUGCUGAGGAUGUAAAUGAAGGAUACGAAGGUACCAUCCACGCUCCAGCUGUUUUGCAGCAACAACAACAGCAGCCUCAAAGCCCAGUGGUUUGUUGGGAGAGUUUUCUGCCUCUUAGAACAUUGAAAGUUCUGCUGGUGGAAAAUGAUGAUUCAACACGCCAUGUGGUCAGUGCUCUGCUUCGUAAUUGCAGUUAUGAAGUUACAACUGCUUCAAAUGGUUUACAAGCGUGGAAAAUCCUACAAGAUCUGACCAAUCAUAUUGAUCUUGUGCUAACUGAGGUGGUCAUGCCUUGUUUAUCGGGCAUUGGUCUUCUUUGCAAGAUAAUGAGCCAUAAAACCUGCAAGAAUAUUCCUGUGAUUAUGAUGUCAUCUCAUGAUUCUAUGGGUAUAGUCUUUAAGUGUUUGUCAAAGGGUGCAGUUGACUUUUUAGUGAAGCCUAUUCGAAAGAAUGAGCUUAAAAACCUUUGGCAGCAUAUUUGGAGGAGAUGCCAUAGUUCUAGUGGUAGUGGAAGUGAAAGUGGUGUACAGACUCAAAAAUCUGCUAAGUCAAAAAGUGUUGAAGAGUUUGACAACAAUACUAGCAGCAAUGAUGAAGAUGAUAAUGGGAGCAUUGGUUUAAAUGUUAGGGAUGGAAGUGACAAUGGAAGUGGCACUCAGAGCUCUUGGACAAAACGGGCAGUAGAAGUUGACAGUCCACAACCUAUGUCACCAUGGGACCAAAAAGCUGAUCCUCCUGAUAGCACCUGUGCCCAGGUUAUUCAUCUGAAGACUGAAGCAUUAGGCAAUGAAUGGGUUCCUGUGCAUGCAGCAAGAAAAUACAAAGAACAAGAUGAGCAACUUGACACUGUUGCAAUGGGCAAAGAUUUGGAGAUUGGAGUACCUAGAAAUUCAGGUUUACAACUUGAAUUUCCAAGUGAGAAAAUCUCUAUCAAUUUUGCCCACACUAAGCAGGAGAUAUUGCCUGAACUAGACCGCAAGGAAGAUGAUGAGAAAAUAGGCAAGGGACUACAACUGAACAACGAGAAGCCAAUAGGCGAAAUGAGGGCCCAAGCUGCUAAAUUAAUAGCUACGGUUGCCAACAGUACCAAUCAUCAGGUGGAAACAGGAGUUUCUGAAGUUCCCAAUGCCCCUUCCAAGAUCCCAGAUGUCAGAGAUAAGACUGUAUCUGACAGGGCAGAACUACCAUCCCUUGAACUGAGUUUAAAGAGGUUGAGACGAGUUGGAGAUGUUGGAACUGCCACUCUUGAUGAACGCAAUGUUUUAAGACAUUCAGACCUUUCAGCCUUCUCAAGGUACAACACUGCUUCAACUACAAAUCAGGCUACCACUGGAAACAUAGGAAGCUGCUCUCCUCUUGGUAAUAGUUCAGAAGCACUGAAGACAGAAUCGAUGCACAAUUUUCUCUCACAUUCAAAUGGAACCCCUCCAAAUCAACAAUCCAGUAGUAACAAUAAUGACAUGGGUUCCACAACUAAAAAUGCUUUCACCAAGCCAGCACUUCUCAAUGACAAGUGUGCGUCCAUUUCUUCAGCCAAAUCUCUGCAUCCCUCUGCCUUCCAACCUGUGCAGAAUGGUCGCAUAUGUCCAUCUCAGCAAAUCAUAUCCAAGAAGGCUAAUGAUGGAGAAGCUGCCACAGUCCAGACACAACCAAAAGGCUCAAAUAAACAGGUUCCAGUCCAGCAUCACCAUUAUCACUACCACCACCAUCAUCACCAUCACCAUAAUCCGCAGCAACAGCAACCACCACCAGAUCAUGACGAUUGUUCAUUGAAAAAUGUGGCAGCAGCUGCUCCGCAGUGUGGGUCAUCGAAUGUGUUUGGUGGGCUUAUGGAAGGUAAUACUGGUAACUGUAGCCUGAAUGGUAGUGCCUCAGGAAGUAACUAUGGGAGCAAUGGGCAGAAUGGAAGUAGCACUGCCAUGAACACUGGAGGAAUGAACAUGGAAAGCGACAAUGGGAUAACUGGAAGAAGUGGAGCUGGCAGCGGCAGUGGGAGUGGUGGUGGGAGUGGAGUCGAUCAAAACCGGUUUGCACAAAGAGUUGCUGUAUUGACCAAGUUCCGUCAGAAGAGGAAAGAGAGAUGCUUUGAGAAGAAGGUCCGCUACCAAAGCAGGAAGAAACUGGCAGAGCAGCGACCUCGUGUUCGUGGACAAUUCGUGCGACAGCCAGUGUCCGAACAAACAGACCAGCCGUGAUGCAGAUAUCAGAACCUACCCUUGUGCCUGGUAGUGCAUGUGGAAUUAUGUCCGUGUGAUAAGCACUUUCUACAUAUGUAAAGUGAAACUACUUAGAGUUUGGACUAGGACUUUUGAGCAAAGGGUUACGA